GAUCUUACCAGAUUUUUGCCCUGUCUGUCGUCGCCAUGUCGGAACGGUGGAUCGUGUGUUAACGGCCCAACCUUGGAGAUGUUCACGUGCAAUUGUUCUCUGGAAAUUAGAGUGCUACCUUACAUUGACCACAAAUGCAACGUCAGUAAGUUGCUACGUUUAAUUUUCUAUAGGUGACACAAAAAGGUUUCUCUAGUAUAAACCACGAAGAAAGGAAAACUUCUAAAUAAAUGUUAAGCAUCAGUUUUAAGGUCUCAGUCAGACCGUCACGGAAUUCUAAUGCCUGCACCCACACACAGAAAACGCGUGUACCCCAGGCUAGCAACGGAACAGAUUCCGGUUUGAAAUUCAGAAAGAGGAUUACUUGUAAGAUAGCGUUUCCUUGUAAUGAUCUCGACAAAUUUUGGUUAAAUUUUGUCGAAAAUGACCAUAUUUUCCCAGCAAAUGCCCGUAAGAAUUCUUGAUUCACCGACCAAAACGUUGGAAACCAGGAGCAAUGAGAAUUCCCUUCCUUAUCUUGAUUCACUUUUUCUCUGGACUUAAAGUUGCCACUCGUGAAUUAAUCUUGGGGCCUAUUUGCCGUCUGUGUGGACGAACAUUGUCUCACAAACUCUAUUCAAGAGUUCAUUAUUUUCUGAGUAAAAAUGCCACCAAGAUCCAAGAAUUUUUCAACCCUCAUCAUUUAAAUGUCUUUGAAUCAAUUAACUAGUAAUAAUUCUCAAAGAUAACUGAAUGGAGCAUUCUGAUAAGCAAAUUUCUGGUAAGGCUUUUAAAGUACCGACCACUAAUUAACCUAGCGACAAAAAUUAAGCUUUAAGAAGAUCAGAAAUUUCGAGAUUAUCUUUCGAAAACUAAAGCUGCCGAGAACAUUCGGAAAUGGGGCUAAGACUCCUCAGGCCUCUAAGACCAUGGAACACGAAUUCUCCCCGAGAAAAGUUUCCCGAAGUUUAUGCGUUUUCUGGUUUAUUCCAGACGAAUCUCACAUCGAGGUUGUAAAACAGCUACAUGUACAAGGCGUUAUGCAAGCACAAGUGGGCAAGCUUCAACUCAACUAUUUUGAGGCUAUGCGACUGUGUGAAAUACUCAACGGGUCUCUCGCCACUUUGGAUCAACUAACCGCUGCCUGGCAAGCUGGACUUCAGAUUUGUAGGUAAAGCAACUAAAGAGUAGUAAGUUAUGAGAACACUUGCAUUUCCCCUGGUAAAGCCUCAUGAUUGAGCGGCGGGAAUUAGACAUUUUUUUAGUACUGACUAGUAGAGAGAGUGAGCCUCAGAGAGUGCACCUUUUCUUCCACUGUUCCAUUUUUGUGUUUUUGAGAAAUGGCUUAUAUUUUCAACUGCGGAUAAUGAUCCUCGCAGUUCCAUAAACAACCUAAGCGGUUGAAAAAGAACCUGAAGAAAAUAUCAACUGCAAGGAUCAUUUCCACUUUCAUCAGUAUCUUUAUCCACUGGUCGUAAUAUGAGUCAUUUCAUACAUUUCCUUUCAUGUCAUUUCCACCAUCGGGUAUACUAGCUACCAACUCACAAUGACCUUCUCUCAAGUUGGUUUUAAGUUAGUUUUAUGGAUCGGAACAUAGAGUCAGCAUCACAUGUGGGUAACAUAACCAAGGUAGAGAAGACAAAAAGUGGACUGGAUUGUGCCUUCUUGUGUUUGCAAAUGCCUCAAGGAAGUUGCCUGUCAUUUAACUUUGGUCGGAUAGCCAUCAACGGAUUACACAUUUGUGAGCUUAGCAAUUCUGAAAGAGCUCUUGAACCACACAAGCUGCUAAAUAGAACCAAGUUUGUCUAUUACGGCAUGAGAAUGUCUGUAAGUAUUAUUUUCAAGGGUAAGAGAUCAUUUUUUUUCCUUCAGUAGUAUCUGCGAAAUAUUUUCAUUUCGGUUUAAAAACAGUAUCCACAAAAACAUACUGAUAAAAAUUUUCGAACUUGGCCAAGUUCCGAAGUUAAAGUGUAGUUUAAGCUUUGUUAUAGUCAGGAGCCAUAAUCGGGGGUAGAAUAAUAAAAGACCGCAAGUGCUGGUUUCCAUCGAAAUAGCCAAAUGUGCUAUUUUUAGAACAAACUGCGCCAUCCUCAACGUCACAAACUCGAGCGGAAGCCUGCCGCGAAUUCGCGCGGAUCUCGUGUGGAAUUUUAAGAGAUGGGUGAUCGUUUUGGGACUUUAUUUAGGUGUUCACUGAACUUUCCAAGUGCUUCAUAUCUCGAUAUACAAUGCAUGCACAGUGGAAGAAUGAAUCAAGGUUAUAUUAACAUAAUUAGAAAUACGUUUAUCGCAAAAACCUUGCGAGGCUGUAAAGGGCCAGCGGUAAGAAUAAAGGGAAACAAGCCAAGGGGAAAAAAACAUGAUUAAAAACAAAACAACAACAAAACAAAACGAAAAAAAAAGAUAAUUAUACAAAGAAAAAUGAAACAGCUCAGAGCUGAGAGUCGACCCUGCACCAUCUGCACGGAAGGUCGGCUACUGGAUCACUCCGCAACGCUGCCAAGGAUAACGUUGAGUAGGAAAAUUAUUAUAAUUAUUUAAAGUAUUAUUUCCGUGAAAUUCUGCCGGUAGACGCUGCUUGAAGCUGGUGGAGCUGUAUUUAUUAUGAAUUCAAAGAUUUAUUUGGGGAAAAUGAUUUAUAAUUAUUUGUUGUUGUUGUUGUUAACUUUCCGCCCUCCUUUUCCCCGCAGGUACUUUUGUUUGUUUAGUCCGAACGGGAUAUUCUUCGCACGACUGAUCUACGAUAUCUCUUUGUCACUGGAUUUGUCAAAAACACUGUCACUACGGUGUUUAAUAUAACAUAAGUAGAAUCACACUCACAGCCAUCACAUUUAGAGUUAUUGUCAAAGGGUUUCGCCUUUAGGUCUUGCCUCAAAUUCAGAGGAUGACAGAAAUGGAAUUUAUUCAUCUCCUACGGAGGAAACAUCCGACGCCAUUUUGUUUGUUUAACCUUUUCUCGUCGCCCUCGCAAAAAAUGCGUGCGCGUGUCAUACGAGAUGACACUUUUUUUAAAAAAAAAAUAGCACAUUUGGCUAUUUUGAUGAAAACAACCCCACUACUCGAAAAGAUAUCCAGCUGCGGUCUCCUAUCCCGAUUAUGGAUUCUAGUUGUAGUUAAUGUGCACUUAAUUAAUUACAACUACUUUAUAUAAUUAUAAGCAUUCUACUGAAAUAAUUAGAAACAAAUAAUCCAGAUAGAACUUAACAGGAUAAAAUACUCCCGCCAACUAUCAGGAGGCCAGUUAGCUAUAUAAAAACGUGACAUAGCCAAUUUUAUUCCGGAAGACUGAAAAAAAAAUCCAGCUUAAGUGGUCGGAACGGGAAUGGAACCCCGGACCGCCGGAUUGAAAGUCCGACGAACUCACCCGCACUCGGUUACGUUGCCUCUCAGAAGAGUUUGAUGACUCUUUUCCCCUUCUCAUUCAGUGAGGUACCUUUCUCUUGAACGAAAGCAAACGCUGUCGCUUUUUUACUAUGAACAUGAGAAGUAAUAUAUAUUUCGGGCCGUUUUCUAAUUUUUAAGUAGAGACAGAAAGGCGAGUUCCAAAAACUAUUGUAGAUCUUUCAAAAGUGUAUUUUGUCAUGUCUUAAUUAUCUUGGCGGAGUAACACUAUUAAUUCUUAACGCUCAGUUACAAGCAUUAUUACCUUGUACUUACAGGAUCUUAUCAGAUUUUUGCCCUGUCUGUCAUCCCCAUGUCGGAACGGUGGAUCGUGUGUUAACGGCCCAACCUUGGAGAUGUUCACGUGCAACUGUUCUCUGGAAAUUAGAGUGCUACCUUACAUUGACCACAAAUGCAACGUCAGUAAGUUGCUACGUUUAAUUUCGUAUAGGUGACACAAAAAGGUUUCUCUAGUAUAAACCACGAAGAAAGGAAAACUUCUAAAUAAAUGUUAAGCAUCAGUUUUAAGGUCUCAGUCAGACCGUCACGGAAUUCUAAUGCCUGCACCCACACACAGAAAACGCACUUACCCCAGGCUAGCAACGGAACAGAUUCCGGUUUGAAAUUCAGAAAGAGGAUUACUUGUAAGAUAGCGUUUCCUUGUAAUGAUCUCGACCAAUUUUGGUUAAAUUUUGUCGAAAAUGACCAUAUUUUCCCAGCAAAUGCCCGUAAGAAUUCUUGAUUCACCGACCAAAACGUUGGAAACCAGGAGCAAUGAGAACUCCCUUCCUUAUCUUGAUUCACUUUUUCUCUGGACUUAAAGUUGCCACUCUGAAUUAAUUUUGGGGCCUAUUUGCCGUCUGUGUGGACGAACAUUGUCUCAAACUCUAUUCAAGAGUUCAUUAUUUUCUGAGUAAAAAUGCCACCAAGAUCCAAGAAUUUUUCAACCCUCAUCAUUUAAAUGUCUUUGAAUCAAUUAACUAGUAAUAAUUCUCAAAGAUAACUGAAUGGAGCAUUCUGAUAAGCAAAUUCCUGGUAAGGCUUUUAAAGUACCGACCACUAAUUAACCUAACGACAAAAAUUAAGCUUUAAAAAGAAAUGUCGAGAUUAUCUUUCGAAGACUAAAGCUGCCGUGAACAUUCGGAAAUGGGGUUAAGACUCCUCAGGCCUCUAAGACCAUGGAACACGAAUUCUCCCCGAGAAAAGUUUCCCGAAGUUUAUGCGUUUUCUGGUUUAUUCCAGACGAAUCUCACAUCGAGGUUGUAAAACAGCUACAUGUACAAGGCGUUAUGCAAGCACAAGUGGGCAAGCUUCAACUCAACUAUUUUGAGGCUAUGCGACUGUGUGAAAUACUCAACGGGUCUCUCGCCACUUUGGAUCAACUAACCGCUGCCUGGCAAGCUGGACUUCAGAUUUGUAGGUAAAGCAACUAAAGAGUAGUAGCUUAUGAGAACACUUGCAUUUCCCCUGGUAAAGCCUCAUGAUUGAGCGGCGGGAAUUAGACACUUUUUUAGUACUGACUAGUAGAGAGAGUGAGCCUCAGAGAGUGCAACUUUUCUUCCACUGUUCCAUUUUUGUGUUUUUGUGAAAUGGCUCAUAUUUUCAACUGCGGAUAAUGAUCCUCGCAGUUCAAUAAACAACCUAAGCGGUUGAAAAAGAACCUGAAGAAAAUAUCAACUGCAAGGACCAUUUCCACUUCCAUCAGUAUCUUUAUCCACUGGUCGUAAUAUGAGUCAUUUCAUACAUUUCCUUUCAUGUCAUUUCCACCAUCGGGUAUACUAGCUACCAACUCACAAUGACCUUCUCUCAAGUUGGUUUUAAGUUAGUUUUAUGGAUCGGAAAGAGCGUUGCACCCGGUCAUCGCAAAGGUAAAGGUUCGAUUCCCAGUCAAGCCUUGAUUUUUCAGGUUCUUUUCAACCGCGAAGGUUGUUUAGGUCUUUUCCACUUUCAUAAUAAUAAUCAUGAUAUUUAAUUUAAUGUUCUCAUUAUGGUACAUUUUGUUGCACUUUUUCUUUUUUUAUUUGUAGAAAUGGUUGGCUGAUGGAAGGCAGGAUGGCGUAUCCAAUGCAAAAAGUAGAUGAAGAUUGUGGAAACAGGAUAGGGAUUAUAGGAGGAGAUCGCGACAUAAAAAAGACGCGACUUCUUAAUGCCUGGUGUUACACUUACAUCGCUUAA